AUAAAAUGCCGAAGGGUCGAAGCAAAGGAUUUGGGCACUAUAUGUGCAAAAAGUUUUUCCAUCCGGGGAACCCGGAAAAUUUGGAACGUGUAUUUGUGGCUCGAGAGAAGGCCAAGGCCAAGGAUAAACUUGAGAAGGAUAAAAUACAGGAAUAUGAGAGGGAACAGGAGACAUGGAAUAACAAGGCUGCAGUUACAAAUACAAGGGACCGAGACAAGCUGGCGCUUAGUUUUAUGUACGAACCCCCGGCUGGGAUGAAGAAAGAGGAUAAACCGGAUACGGAGAAGAAGGACGAAUUUAAGUUUGAUUGGCAGAGGAAUGCUCCCCGUCAGUCCUACGCUAAAGAAGAUCCAAAUAUCGUCGAUCAUCCCUUUGGUAUAAGUGUACAGUUCACCAAAUGUAUAAGAUGUCAAGUAUGGGGGCAUUCACAUACAGAGAAACACUGCCCUAAGUAUGGGAAGGCCCGGGAUGAAGAGGAACCAGCGGUUGUUAUCAACGAGAAGAAACUUAUCCAGGAAAUGAAACAAAAGGAUCGUCUUCAAUUUACAAGUUACGGAACUUGGGAUAACGGGAAGCUGGGUGGGAAACAGUAUGAUCUAGUCUACUCCUCUCCAUCUGAAGAUGAAGGCGGAGGAGAUCUCAUGUCGGGACUACUCAAGGGAAUCCGAGGAAAAGAGAAGAAAAUAAAGAUAUUGAGAUCUAAAGUGAAAAAAGAAUCUGAACGAAAUCGAAGAAAACAUCACAAAAAAUUCGCAAAAUCCGAAAAGACUUCAACACGUGAUAAAUCCACGAAACGUGACGUAUCCAGGGGAAAAGGUUCCAGACGGAAAUAUGAAAGAUCGUCUUCUCCCAAGGAGAGCAAACAAGAGACUGCCAAAAUAUCGGACAAAUCACGAUUAGCGUACCUGAAUAAAAUUGAUGAUAUUCUAUUUUCUGAUAUUGGUCCUCCCCCACCUCGUAAGGAGUCCGAACUUAAUAAAUCAGGAGAAAGCUUUCUGAGUGAAGUUGACAAGAUACUCGGGCUGACAGAUGAAUCUGAAGAAGAAGAAGAAGAGUCGGAGUCAGAAGAGGAAAAAGAAGAAGAAGAAGAAGAACAGGAAGAGGAGGCCCUUACGGAGACUGAAAUGCGUCUUUUUAAUCUGAUUAGUAUUAACAAGAUUGAUGUGAAGAAAAACUUCGAGGAUAAAUAUCCUGAUACUAAUUGUCAUUUCUGCAGAGUAGAAGAAAAUACUGAACACCUGGCUGUGUGUCCUGUGUAUGAUGAUAUUAUGAAAGGGAGAGAGUUUCAGGAUAUUAAGUCUCAGAAUUUAGCAAAGGUCAAAACUGCUUUAAAGCACAUAAGGAAAGCUCUGUUAAAACGUGCAAAGGCUCUAUCAGUUACGAGUGUAGGAUCAAUUUCUGCUGAAAACAUGGCACUGUUAGAUUUAUCUGUGAAACCAGUGUUAGAUGAACGCUGUAAACGUGCGCUAGAAAUAUUAAACUCUCAACCCUUCAACAUUGUUUAGUCACAAAAUCCUGUAUCCUGUAUAGGCACAAGUGUGAUUUAUGUUAUAGUUUCAAAGAAAAUUGGUUUCCUGAUGGUAAUGUUACAUCGUCUAUACGCAACAUCCUACUGCAAUAUCGGACCUACGCCGGCUGUUUAUUUUUGUGUUAUUUGAGGGCUAGGUUUCUGGGCCGAGCGCCGCGACUAGGACAGGCAAGGGGGCCGGGAGCUGCGGUCACAGGUCUAUAUAGCAGAGCUUGUAAAACCUCUUGCUAGCAGGUCGGAUGUGUAGUAUAGCGGAUUUCGCGUUGGUAAGAAGUGGAGUAUAGCGGAUUUGCGUAAGUCGAAAAAUACACCACUUUCCUGAUCUGCAGUUUUACCCCCUGGUAAAAUCAGAUGUUAACGGUAAAAAUCAGAUGUUAACGGUAAAAUCAGAUGUUAACGGUAAAAUCAGAUGUUAACGGUAAAAUCUCCCAAUUUUAAAGUACUCACCACUCUGUCCAUGCGCAGAUUACUCAAUAUUUCGACAAAAUGGUUUUCAUGGAGAAAGUUUUUUUA